AUGGUUGGAAGGAAUGAUGUUGCAAUUGAUGUUGCUUUGGAAGCUAUGGCUCAGGCUUUGCAGAAUCAACCGAACACUGACGAGAAUUCUGGAUCUCGUUGUUUGGCGACUUUCCAAAGGGAUAAUCCACCUACCAUCAAGGGCACAAAUGAUCCUGAUGGAGCGUUGACUUGGUUGAAGGAGAUUGAGAGAAUAUUCCAUAUGAUGGACUGCACUCCAGCGCAGAAGGUUCGAUAUGGAACUCAUAUGCUAGUAGUUGAGGCUGAUGACUGGUGGCUAGAGACUCGUCAGAGAUUGGAAGUUUCAGGUGAAGAUAUCACUUGGGUUGUGUUCUGUAGGAAGUAUUAUUCUGAGGAUGUUCAUGGUAAGAGAGAAAUUGAGUUCCUUGAGCUGAUGCAGGGAAAUAUGUCGGUUAGUGAAUAUGCUGCAAAGUUUGUUAAGCUGACUAAGUUAUAUUCGCACUAUAGCGUGGUAACUGCUGAAUUUUCAAAGUGCAUUAAGUUUGAGAAUGGGUUAUGCUCAUACAUCAAGAAGGCAGUUGGAUACCAGAAGAUUCGUGUCUUUGCGGAUUUGGUUGAUAGUUGUCGGAUCUAUGAGGAGGAUAAUAAUGCUCAUUAUAAGAUUGUCAAUGAGAGGAGGGGUAAGCACCAACAGAAUUGUGGCAAGCCUUAUGAUGCUCUAGCUGGUAAAGGUAAGCAGAAAGUUGCUAAUGGUAAGAGAACUAGUGGGGGAGAUGCUCCUGUUGGUGUGGUUUGUUUCAAAUAUGGGAAACCUGGUCAUAAGAGUACCGUGUGUGCUGUUAAGGUGAAUAGGGGUUUUCGUUGUGGUAAGACCGGGCAUGCAAUAUCUGAGUGCAAACAUAAGAAGAUGGUUUAUUUCAACUGUGGUGAAGAGGGAUACAUUGGUAGUCAGUUUCAGAAACCAAAGCAGGCACAAGCCGGUGGGAAGGUGUUCGCUUUGGCUGGGACUCAAACAGCUAAUGAGGACAGACUUAUCAGAGGUACGUGUUUUAUUAAUAGUAUUCUUUUAAUCACUAUUAUUGAUACUGGUGCUACUCAUUACUUUAUUGAUGUUGAUUGUGUUGAAAGAUCGAGUCUUACGUUGUCUUCUAUGAACGGAGAAAUGGUCGUCGAUACUCCAGGUAUGAACUGGUUAGAAUAUAACGAUGUUCAUAUUAAUUAA